AUGAUGGGAACCAUCAAUUGGGAGGAAUUAUUUCCGGGAAGAUGGAGCCCUGCCAUUUUUAUUUCAUACAUGGCCCUUUUUGUAAACCAAGGUAUUAUUAUAACUUGGUCUCAGAGAGAUGGGCAUUAUGAAUAUAAUAUUGUUAUGGUAGUAUUGAUGACAGAAGUAUUAAAAUUAUUUACUUCAGUAAUACUGUAUUGUAAAGACAAUAGUUUUGCAACUUUAUAUCAAGAAGUGAGAGGCCAUAAAAAAGUGCUGCUACUAUACAUGAUACCAUCAUUUUUGUAUUGCUUAUAUAAUAAUCUGGCAUUUAUCAACUUGGCUGCAUUUGACCCAACAACUUAUUAUGUUUUAUUACAAUUUCGUGUUGUCAUGACAGGAAUUAUUUUCCAGGUUGUUUUUAACAAAAAAUUAUCACUAAAACAAUGGCUUUCACUAGUAUUAUUAACUAUCGGUUGUAUGGUAAAGCACAUAGACUUGGAUUAUAAUGUUAACAUAUUUAAUACCAAAAUUAAUUUAAAUAGUAAUGUAAUUUUAGUAUUUGUUCAGAUGAUGUGUUCUUGCCUAGCUGGAGUUUACAAUGAAUAUCUACUUAAAGAGCAAGGAGCAAACAUUAAUAUUUUUGUACAAAAUGUAUUUAUGUAUAUUGAUAGUAUUUUUUGCAAUCUUGUAGUUUUUAUAUUAUUCUUUAUAUGUGAAAAUGACGCCUCUGAUAUGUUGAAUAACGCUGAUUUUGGUAUACUUAUGCAACCAAAAGUCAUUAUAAUAAUGUUGAAUAAUACAGCGAUCGGGAUUAUUACGAGUCUUUUCUUAAAAAAUUUGAAUUCAAUACUAAAGACGUUCGCCAGCGCAUUAGAACUGAUAUUUACAGCGGUUCUAUGUUGGCUAAUAUUCAGUAUUUCGAUUCAUUUGAACACAGUGAUAUCUAUUGCUAUGGUGAGCUAUUCUGUGAUACUGUAUUCACAAAAUCCAGUACAAAAUGCUCGAACCAAAGAAUGA